GGCAAACUGUCAGAAAAAAAACUAGCCAACUGACGUGGAAUUGUAAGUUUGCUUUUGCUUUUAAAUUUGUGCUUUGAAACGCGUUUAAACCGUGCACAACUUGAGCAAUUGGACAGACACAAGGCUAACGGAAGGGCAGCAAGCAAUAGCAAAGAGAUUAACGUGUCUAAGGGACCAAACGUACGCGAACUUUGAGCUGCAAUUUAAAGUUUUGUGUUUGUGUGCGUGUGUGAAAGUUGUGAGCCGUGAGCAAUGAAUCCCAAUAUGUACGGCGCGCCACCGCCGCAAUUCCAACAGCCACUGCCACCGCAGCAGCAGCAGCAACCACAAUUCGCUCCGCCGCCAGUAAGUGGAGCUCCAGGUUGGCCACCACAGCAGCAGCAGCAGCAACAGCAAGCGCCGCCUACAAUGCAGCCACCACAGCAGCAGCAGCAACAACAACAGCAAAUGCAGCCGCCUCCACAGCAGCAGCAACAACAACAACCACAAUAUGGCGCACCAACGUCACAGCCCUAUGUCAAUGGAAAUUAUGAGCAGCAGCUGACGACAUCAAUGAGCGGCCUGGGCGUAAGCGGCAAUCCACUGAAGCCCGCGAUGCCACCAACUGCAGCACCACCAAACGCUGCUGCGCCGUACAAUCAAUUCAACUCUAAUGCAGCGCUGCCGCCGACUUCGAUGCCCACGUCGCAGCCCAGCUUUACAAAUAACAAUAACAAUGCUUAUGCAACAGCGUAUGCUAAUGGCUCAGCUGCUCCUCCACCAGCAGCAGCAGCAACGGCGACGUCGACAGCUCCGCCACCUGCUAUGUUUGCGCCACCGCCCAUGGCAGCGACGCCCACUUCAGCAGCAGCGCCAAUGCCACAAAGCGUGCCCAGCGGAAUGAAUCAAAUGACACUAAACAGCGCCAGCUUGGCGGGAUUGCCACAUAUGCCACCGCCAUUGAAGAAUGCAGCUGGACAGCCACCUCAGCCUCAGCCUGCUGCGCCGGCACCAGUUUCUGCUCCCAAUGCUUUUGGCAGGCCACCAGCUGCAGCGCCAGCCUUUGGCCAACCUGGCAUGCCACCUCAGUCGCAGGUACAGCCCAUGCCUAGUGCUUAUGGUGCGCCUCCUCUUACAUCAGCAGCGCCAGCUGGUCAGCCGCAAAUGCCGCCGCAGCCAACUCCAGCUGCUGCGCCCAAUGCCUUUGGCAGACCACCAGCUCCUUCGCAAGCUUUUGGACAGCCCGGCAUGCCGCCGCAGUUGCAGCCACAGCAGUCCUUUGGUGCACCUCCUCCAGCAGCAGGCGGCUUUCCAGGCCAGCCACCUAUGCCACAACAACAGUCCUUUGGUGCACCUCCUCCAGCAGCUGGAGGUUUUCCAGGCCAGCCACCUAUGCCACAAAUGCAGCCACAGUCCUUUGGUGCACCUCCGCCAGCAGCAGGCGGCUUCCCAGGCCAGCCACCUAUGCCACAGCCAGGCGGCUAUCCAGCUUAUCCACAACAACAGCAGCAGCAGCCCGGCUAUCCGCCACAACCCGGAAGUUAUCCAGGUCAGCCCGGACCUGGACGUCCUGGCUUCAAUCAACCUCCUAUGCCUGGCGGCUAUCAGCAGGCGCCGCAGCCACGUCGCCUGGAUCCCGACCAGAUGCCCAAUCCCAUACAGGUGAUAACGGAAAAUCAGCAGACAGCGGGCGGCGUGUUUAUGACCAAUCAGCCAGGCUUGCUGCCACCACUGGUGACCACCAAGUUCGUGGUGCAUGAUCAGGGCAAUUGCUCGCCACGUUAUAUGCGCUCCUCGCUUUACUGCGUGCCCAACACUGGGGAUUUGCUCAAGACUACAGCGUUACCACUAACAUUGAACAUAUCGCCGCUGGCACGCCUGGAGGAGGGUGAAAUGGAGCCACCGAUUGUGAACUUUGGUGACAUGGGUCCCAUACGCUGCAAUCGCUGCAAGGCGUACAUGUCGCCCAACAUGCAGUUUGUGGAUGCGGGCAGACGCUUCCAGUGCAUGAUGUGCAAGGUGACGACAGAGGUGCAUCCGGAUUAUUAUCAGCAUUUGGAUCAUACGGGUCAGCGUGUGGACAAGCAUGAGCGUCCCGAGCUGCUGCUGGGUAGCUACGAAUUUCUGGCUACGAAGGAUUAUUGUCGCAAUAACACGCCACCUGAAGUGCCCGCUUUUAUUUUUAUACUCGACGUCAGCUACAACACCAUCAAGUCCGGCCUGGUGCAUUUGCUCUGCUCGCAGAUCAAGCAUAUACUCAAGCAUCUGCCGCUGGAUCAGGGACAGCAAAAGUCGCAGGUGCGCGUUGGAUUCAUUACCUACAACAGCACUGUGCACUUUUAUAAUAUAAAGAGCAGCUUGGCGCAGCCACAGAUGAUGGUCGUAGGCGAUGUGCAGGAAAUGUUUAUGCCGCUGCUCGAUGGUUUCCUCUGUCAUCCGGAGGAGUCAGCAGCGGUUAUUGAUGCGUUGAUGGAGGAGAUUCCACGCAUGUUUGUAGACACCAAGGAAACGGAGACUAUACUUUAUCCAGCUAUACAAGCGGGUCUGGAGGCGUUGAAAGCUUCGAAUGCCAGCGGCAAGCUGCUGGUGUUCAGCUCCACGCUGCCCAUAGCUGAGGCGCCAGGCAAGCUGAAGAAUCGCGAUGACCGCAAGCUGCUUGGCGGCGACAAGGAGAAGACCGUGCUGACCCCACAGACUACAGCGUACAAUCAGCUGGGCCAGGAGUGCGUGCAGCAAGGUUGCUCCGUCGAUUUGUUUGUCUUCAACAAUGCUUAUAUCGAUAUAGCCACCAUUGGUCAGGUGCCGCGUCUAACUGGCGGCGAAGUCUACAAGUACACCUAUUUCCAAGCGGAGCUCGAUGGCAAGCGUCUGAUCGAGGACAUCAUAAAGAACGUUUCGCGUCCCAUUGCCUUCGAUGCUGUGAUGCGUGUGCGCACCAGCGCCGGCAUGCGUCCCACUGACUUCUAUGGACACUUCUUCAUGUCCAACACCACAGACGUGGAGCUGGCCAGCAUUGACUCCAGCAAAUCAGUCAGCAUUGAAAUCAAGCAUGACGACAAGCUGGCGCCGGAGGAGAAUGUCUAUAUCCAGGUGGCACUGCUGUAUACAUCCUGCAGUGGUCAGCGACGUUUGCGCAUUUUAAAUCUCGCCUUGCGUGUUACUGUCACCAUUGCGGAUGUAUUCAAGAGCUGCGAUCUGGAUGCCAUGAUGUUGUUCUUUGCCAAGCAGGCGUGCUUCAAGCUCAUGGAGCAUACGCCCAAGCAGGUCA